GAGUAGCAGAGUGGAUGGAUGCGAGAGUAAAGCCGCCAACGUGACUGAAUCAAUCAGUCCGCGGUGCAAAACAGAAACAGAAAACUUGUCUUGCUGCUCCGUCUAGCGCGCGCACGUACCAAUCGUCCAUAGAUGAACUUGCUGUUAACGGCGCGGACAAACCGUCGUCGGGUGAGUUCCCAGGCCAUGAUGGCGGCGGAGUCGAGGCGAGGCAAGAUGCUGUUGCUAUUUAUUGGAGCGAACUCGAUGACGGCGUUAUCGCAGCGAGACGAGCCCCUGCCGAGUGGAUCUGGAGCAGAAGCGAUGACGACACCGGGCCUGCGCUGCGCCAACGAAAACCUCCGAGCGGCUGCUGCUGCGCUUGUGACACGGUGGGAGAUCCGCCGGCUGAAGACCAGGCAAUUUCUCAACUGCUGCUGUCGGUAUCUGGCGUCGUCCUGCAGUGGUUGCGCACCGGGGGAGAGAAGAGGGAGAAGGUCAAAAGGCCAGGUGCUGGGCUGAGAAGGAUCGAGAGGAUAAAAAAAAAUAGGCCGUGCGGAGAGUCCGUAGAAUGGCGCAGGCGAUUCUGUUUC